AUGUCGCCAUCUUUACAAGAAGAGUAUCUCCCAGCCUACGAGGAGUCAACGCCUCCCGAAUACGGAGAAACAGACAUCGAGCUUGGUUCCGGAUAUAAAAAGUUCCCGCAGGAUCUGAAGGAACCGGUUCCAUCUUACGACUUCAACGAGAGUUUCCGUUUAGACCAUCCAAAAUGGAAUGAUUUACCGUUUGUAUUUGUGUUUUUGGUCUCUGUGGUAUGUUUCUGUGGAGUCUUCACCUACAGCACGAACAACAUAACUGUUCCGACGCUGCAUGUGAACGAGAGCCAGUCGCAACUGAUGUUGAUUGUUGCCAUUACCGCCGUUGCCGCUACAUACGCAGGAAUCCUUUUACUGAAAGCCCGUCCAACAGCGUUCAUUCGCGCAGGAUUCAUCAUGAACAUCUUCAUGGCUCUCGGAUUCAGCUACGGAGCUUUCACGAAUAACAGCUUCUGGACUGGGGUGUUUUUCGGAUUCGUUGCCUUGAUCCAUUUACUCUGGUUGAUCGAUAUUCGCCGCAGAGCUGCUUUCAGCGCCCUGAUAUUGAAAACCGUCGUUGAAGUCGCACAGAGGAACCCGUCCACAUGGAAGAUCUCGUUUGCUGGAUCGGUGGCUGCAUUCGUGUUCAGCCUGCUAUCCCUGGCAGCUCUGUAUGGAACCCUGGAAAAUUGGGGCCCCGACGACUCCGGGGUAGUCAAAGAUAAGGCUAGUUUGGUCAUCGUGGGCUCUCUGUUGAUGUUCACCAGCGCAUACAUCGCAGAAGUGAUGAAAUCGGUCCUACACUCCACUGUUGCCGGUAUCUACGGCUCGUGGUACUACCUUUCACAGGCAGAUCAAUGUCCACGCAACUCUGGCUCUGCUUCAUUCAAGAGAACAAUCACAUACUCCCUGGGCUCUGUGUGUUUUGGCUCGCUGAUAGUCACCGUGAUCCAGACUCUCAACAACUUGGCCGCCCUCGGUAAACACUGGGCUGCCCAGGAAGGAGGACUUGCUGGCUACAUUGGAUUCUACAUUCUCGAGAUGGUGAUCUCUGUGUUUGAGGCUAUGGUGAGAUGGAUUAACGAAUACGCUUAUUCGCUCGUUGCUCUAUAUGGGCUCGAUUUCCUUCAUGCUGCACGGGGCGCCUUCUAUGUCGUGGAGCAGAAGGGACUGACUGCGAUCGUGAACGACUGUCUGAUCAAUACUGCGCUUGGUGUCUAUUCGUUGUUUGUCGCAUACGCCUGUGCGUUGGUUUCGCUUGUCUUCGUUUGUGUGACUGAGCCUGCAUGGGCACAGAACGCCGAAGGCGCCUUGGACGUCAAUGCCACGCUCAUUAUGAUCCUGUUUGCAGCUGCUGCCUUUGGAUUUUUCGUGGCAAACACAGCAACCAGCGUCAUCCACAGCGGAACCAUCACGUUCUUCAUCACGCUGGCCAAGAAUCCUGAAGUUUUCAAGGUCACUCAUCCUGAACAGUACGCACAAAUCCUCGAAAGUUAUCCGGACGUGCAAAACAAACUGGAAACUGACUUUUAG